AUGGUUUCCUCCAGCGAUGACGUGGCCGCGUCCCAGCCCACCGCACCGAAGUUGACGGGUACUUCUGAACACACGAUAAACGAAACUGCUUUGCCAGAACGCUCCUUUUAUGCAGACUUGCUGAAGGAAUGUCUCGAUUUGGCCCUCGACUUUUUAUCGACCUCGAGCAACGAAAGGCUACUUGGCGUAUUCGCGCUUCUUGUUGUCGCAACCUAUCUAAUAUUUGGACGACUUGGGCUUUUGUUGAUCGGUAUAGCACUGGGGGCCGUUCUACAUGCGUCUUGGGAAGGCCCAUUAAAUUCCAGCGGCAAUGAUAUACAAUUACCCAUUGCAAAGAAGCGACGUGAGCUGGCCCUGGAGGUUUCCAAAAGAUUGCUAGACUGGCCCCUUCGAACGUCGGACCCUACCAGUGACGAGGCAAUCAACGGUAAUCUGGUCUCGCCGCCAGAGGAUUUAUCCGUUCUCGAUCUCAAUUAUGAAACCUUCCGGCCAGCAACAGCCGCCGCGUUGAGAGUGCUCACUGAUGCGAUCGUGAAGGACUACGUGAAAUACUGGUAUGACCCGAUUCUUCCAGAAGAGUCAACGUUUCCCGGAUCCUGUCGACGAACUUUAACCCAUUUCGUGACAACCAUCUCGUCCCACUUAUCUCGUAAGCGGACGGAGGAUACAUUUCUCCAAUUUCUCACGAACUCAUCUUCGAUAAUCAUUGUGUUUUUGAACGAACUUGCCGCUGCUUUUACUGCCAAUGGGUCGUCGCCAGUGGAAGCUCAGAGGAUCGUGGACCAAUACCUGGAGAAUUUCCCAGACAGCAGCUUGGCCAACGUGCUGUCCAAGGAACAACAACGGAAGAAACUUGACAUGAUAGCAGAUGAUAUCUUAUCCAACUACCUCGAUCCUAGAGCAUACCAGUGCUCUCCUGUCAGGGAUUUCCUUCGGAAGAUUUUUGCAAGAGUUGUGCUGGAAUCGACGGUUAUCAGUCUUUCUCGCCCUGAGUUUAUAAACGAUUGGAUCAUCUACCUUCUCCAGGAUGGCGAAUCUGAGAUAAUGCAUGCCAUUGAUGCUGGCGUCGAAGGUGCACGGAAUCAGAGCGUCAAUUCUCCCAGGGCUUCAGAAGACUCAAAAAAUGUGCUCUCCGAGCCACCUAAAGACAAACCUUUAUCCCAGUCUACUGGAAGCUCGCCAGAUCAGGUUGAUAUUGCAACUGAGGAUGCUAUGCGAGAGGCGAAACGUUUAAGCGCCAUGAUUGCUUCACAAGAUCUGCGGGGCAUAGCUGCGCAACUCCCGGCUCGAAAUGACCAUGAGACGGAUAUACCGCUUUCCAGCGUGACCGAAGGAAGUCCACUGACACAGUCUGUCACCAACGAUUGUGAAAUGAGUGACCAAGCAGGCACAACACCUCCGGGCAUACAGGUUUCAUCGAUGAUGCCACCACGAGAAGGGGCGCCUCCUACCCCGCCUGUGAGCCUCCAUGGGGCUCAGGUAAUGGUAGAUGAUGAUGCAGCGGGAAGAGAGAACGGAAUUAUCAAAUCGAAGCCAGCAUGGGACUAUUUACUCCAAGUUGAACCAACUUCCGCUCGCUCUACCGGAUGGAUGGUGUUCCGAAAAUAUCAUGACUUUCAGUCUUUGCAUGAAAUGCUGGAGACUGUGUCUAGGUUAAACCGGAUUCAAGGCUUCUCUGAGCAGUUUCCUGCCCUACCUGCCUGGAAAGGUAAGACCAGACAUGAUCUGUCUCGUGAUUUAGAGCGAUAUCUGCAGGAGGCCAUGAAGUAUGAGUCGCUUGCGGAAACUGAUCGAAUGCGACGGUUCUUGGAAAAGGAAAGCAGCUCCAAUGAAGUAAGCGUGGCUAAAACCGGAUAUUCUUUCCCAAGCCAGACUGCGUUCGAGAAUAUGGGCAAAGGUGUAUUGGGAGCCUUAACCAAUGCUCCAAAGGGAGUGGCGGGGGGUGGGAAAGCGGUAUUUGAUGGCAUGACAGGGGUCUUUGGAGUGACUAGCCAUGGCAGAAAGUCUACCAGCACUUCUAUUCGGCAACCUCCACCCCUGGCCCUUAACAUUUCUACAGAAACCGACCGUGGAUCCCUGGAUCUUACAGAUGACCCCAUCGUUUCAAUAGCUAGCGAGGUGGGGGAAACAUUCUCAUCGAUGGUCUCGCCAAAUCCUCCUUCGGAAUUUUUGGUGGAAGGGAGACCUGACGAUGUCAACCAUGGGGUUAAUCAGACGGAUGGUAAACGCGAUACUUGGGCUUCAGAAUCGACGAUGGCACCCCCUGAAGACCUAAAAUCAUCAGAAUCAACCAGUCACUACGAAGGGGGGCAAAACAAAGAGGCCCCUGGGUCGGUUUCAUCGCCGCUUCCCAACGAAACAAGCACCAGCAAUGAUUUAGAACUCAUUUCGCAGGGAGUUCGUCGACAGCAAAUGCCCAUCACUGCGGACGAGACUCAGAUUGCAGUAGAGUUGAUCUUUGCGGUGAUCAACGAGCUGUACACCCUAUCGUCGGCGUGGAACAUCCGGCGCACCCUGUUAAACGCGGCCAAGUCAUAUAUCCUACGGCCGGGUAAUCCAACCCUUGAGACUAUCCGUACUCUACUUCAAGACUCCAUGAUUGAAAGCCACACAUCGGAUGAUGCGAUUGGCGAGUACUUGAAGAAGCUUCGUGAGAAUGCUCUCCCGACGGAUGAUGAGUUCAAGGCCUGGCCCACACCACCUACCGAGGAAGAGAAAGACAAAUUACGGGACAAAGCACGUAAGCUAUUUGUUCAACGAGGGAUCCCACAGGCGCUUACCAGUGUCAUGGGUGCUGCUGCUAGUCGAGAGGCCCUGGAGAAAAUCUUUGAUAGUCUUCAGGUCGAGAGUGUGGCACAGGGGUUUGUCUUCUCGGUCCUUUUGCAAGGUUUGCGGGUCUUGACACUGUAA